AUGGACAAAUUAACAAACAAUCAAAUAAGUUCGAUUCACUUACUAAAUUUGAGUCAUUCGGUACCUCUAAAUCCGUUGGCUAAGGUAUACAAGGAUACGUUUGCAGAGUUUACUCAAGAUAAAUGCAUUAAUUUGCCGGCAAAUUAUAUGGAAGAUACCUUCUGCGAUAAGUGUGAAAGCAUUUAUAUCCCAGGAAUCACUGUAUCCAUAAGGAUAAUCUAUAACAGAAAGAGAAGAAGCGCUGUAAAUAGACGUAGAUUGUUAAGAUAUACCUGUCUUGAAUGUGACCAUAGAUCAGAUCGUGAAUUGGAGAUACCUACGUCAAAGCAGUCUACUCCGAUACCGAAUAUCGGUGAUACAGAAGGAAAUGAUAAAACGAAACCUGAAGAAUUCAAGGCUACAUGGCCAAAGGCGGACACAUCAAAGUCUAAGCAAAGACUAAAGAAGCGGAAGCAGAACAAUUUAUCGAAUUUGUUAGCAUUAAAGAAAAAGGAGAAAGAAAAUGAAUCCAAGCAAUUUAACUCGCUAAGUUUAAUGGAAUUUAUGAAUAAAUGA